UGAACUUGUGCACAUUGUAAACCUGUCAACGGACAUGUUUGGCUGUUAGUGGAUGAAUUGCUGGAUUACAGAAUUCCACCUGCUCAGUAAUUUAAUUACUGCCGUCAAACUUAAUUGAUAAAUAAUUGCAAUCAAGAAAAGUUCAUAAAUAUUUUUAUUUGUGAAAUAAUGAGUGGCAACAACGACAAUAAUGCGUUGAGCACAUCUCCCACAAUUCCCAAAUGGAUCGAAGCAAAACUCUUUGAGAAAGUACUUAAAGAAGUGGAAAUAGAGUUCAAAGAAAUUAAAAGUUUCAAAAUUGAACCUGCGUUGGGGCCGGGAGAAAACUAUGCAAGUUAUAUGCUAAAAAUAGAAUUUGUUAUAAAACUGAAUGAUGAUACAUUAAAACACGUCGAUUUUAUGUUAAAAGUUGGCCAGGACUCAGAGCUCUAUCGUGAAAUGGUACAGGCAUAUGACGUUUUUGACAUUGAGAAGGGCAUGUAUCAGGAUAUAAUACCAGAAAUCGAAGAAAUGCUAAUGAAAGUCGAUAUCAAAGUUCGUUUUGGUGCCAAGACAUAUACACUGCCCACAACAGAGCCACACAUUCUAAUGGAAAAUUUAAAAACACAAGGAUUUCGUAAUGCGAAUCGUCUGGAUGGCUUGGAUGUGGAACACAUGGAAAGUGUUCUUAAGAAAAUGGCCCAGUGGCAUGCAGCUUCUGCAGUAAGGGUAGCCCGCAAAGGCACAUAUUUGGAGAAAUAUGCCAAGGGCUAUCUGAAACCAGAAUCACAUAAACUUAUUACGGAGAUGUAUGGCAGUACUACGAAUGUUCUACUGGAAUGUGUUAGACAAUAUUCCAACGCCCAUCUGUAUUAUGAUAAAGUUGAAAAAAUGCAAUACAAAUUGACUGAAAAUCUAUACAAGACCGUAGCUGAAGCUGCAGAUAACGAUGAAGAAUUUAAGGUCCUUAAUCAUGGCGAUAUAUGGUCGAAUAAUAUCAUGUUCCAAUAUGACAAACAUAGCGGUAACUUAAUUGAGACUUAUUUUGUUGACUACCAAAUGCCACUGUACACAUCACCUGCAUUGGAUGUGCUAUAUUUUAUAAUGUCCUCUAGCAAAUACGAAAUUAAAUUGGAGAGAUUCGACUACAUGAUUGCAUUCUACUAUAAGCAACUUAGAGAAGUGUUAACUUUAUUAAAAUAUCCUAAAAGGAUACCAACGCUAAGGGAUGUUCAAUGUACGAUGUACAAAAAUGGAAUAUGGGACGAAUCGCUUAAACCCAUCAGUUUUAUGUUGAAAAUCUGCCAUGACUCUGAACUCUUUCGUCAAAUGUUGGAGGGACACAAUGUGUUUGAUGUGGAGGCCGGCAUGUAUCGCCAUGUCAUACCUGAAAUUGAGAAGAUUCUAAGCGAUGCCGGCAUGAAUGUUAGAUUUGGCGCAAAGACAUACACACUGCCCACAGAAGAGCCGUAUAUACUUUUGGAAAAUCUAAAAGUACAUGGUUUUCGCAACACCAAACGCCAAGAGGGACUUGAUAUGGUGCACAUUAAAAGUGUUCUUAAAAAGUUGGCCCAAUGGCAUGCUGCCACAGCGGUAAGAGUGGCAACUAAAGGAAAAUUUGAGGACAAAUAUGCCACUGGUUAUUUAAAACCUGAUGCAUAUGAUAUGAUUAAGGGCAUGUUUGAUAACGCCACAGCUGUGUUAUUGGAAAGUGUUCGCGAAUUUACGGAUUCCAAUAUAUAUUACGAGAAAGUGGUUAAAUUACAAAAUCAAAUAACUGAUGAAUUAUUCAAAGAAAUGGGUAUAGGUAUUGGGGAAAACGAAGACGAAUUCAAAGUGCUUAAUCAUGGAGACGCAUGGUCGAAUAACAUUAUGUUUCAGUACAACGAAGACAAUGGGGAUCUCAAGGAGACGUAUUUUGUUGAUUAUCAGAUACCAAGUUACACAUCACCCGCUCAAGAUCUAUGGUACUUCAUUAUCUCAUCCUGCAAAUAUGAGAUUAAAUUGGCCAAUUUUGAUUAUGUGCUGGCUUACUAUCAUCAACAAUUGGAUGAAUGUUUGCGUUUAUUAAAGUAUCCCAAGAAAAUGCCGAUGCUGAAGGAUAUUCAUUGUAUGAUGUAUACCCAUGGAGUCUGGGCUUAUGCUACAGCAACUAAUGUCAUGGCUGCAGUGUUAUGCGAUCCCACCGACAAGGCCAAUCUGGAUAACUUCAUUUCCGAGACGGAUGCUGGUUUGGCUUUCAAGAGGCAGAUGUAUUCCAAUCCUCGUUAUCGAAAGCACAUGGAGGCACUAUUACCUUGGCUAUUAAAUCGAGGUCUUUUGGAAUGUUAACAAUAGAAUUUGUAAAAGUAUUAGAAGAUGUAUUCAGAAAAUAAAAGCAUAUGUAACCAAUUACUUAAUAAAUUUUCGAAGCAAAGAGAGUUUUCAAAGAUGUGGAAAGAUGAGAA